ACAAUCUUUAUUCUUGGAUUGGCAAGCGAGUUGUCUCUCCCUAUUUAUCUUCUCUCCCUACAGUCCAAGGACCUGGAUGAUGCAUCACUUCUUGGGCUUAUAAAUUCUGUGCCACCAAAAAGUCUGCUUGUCAUUGAGGAUCUAGAAAAUGCCAUCAAGGCACAUUCUGUUCAUUCCUCGUUGCGGAAUGAAUUUCCCAGGGAGAUUGGUGAGGGACGCGAUUCUGGUGUGUCGCUGAGCGCGCUACUAAACGCCAUUGAUGGCAUCGCAAGUAGUGAGGGAAGGCUGCUUAUUAUAACAGCCAAUGACGCCUCGCGUCUGCCAUCGCCAGAUGCGCUCCUGAGACCUGGUCGUGUUGAUCGACGCGUUUCUUUUGGUCCCCUCGAUCCUGAAAGCAUGAAGGAGAUGGUGAAGUCGUUUCAGUCAAGGUCAGCGGAGCCCUUGUUAAAGGGAGCCUUUACACUUUGGGAAAACGGGUGCUUACCCACAGCAGCACCCACCACCCCCGCGGAGCUGCAAAACGAACUCCUCGCCUCCAUCUACAGGAAUGGGCUUACACAUUGA